AUGGGACGGAGAAGCGCAAAGAACUCAAAGAAUGCUGCGGUGAGUGAUCCGCCCGCUGUCCAGCAUGCCUGGCACAAGAUUUUGCAGGCCAUCGCUACCAGGCCCUUUCUGCUUGACCAUAUUGCGCGCUGUCUCUUCCCGGACAGCCGCAAUCUGGUCACAGAAAACCUAUGGGAGCUGGCCAACAAAUACCUACCUGUGCCUCCGUCUCCACACUGUGAUAUCUUCUCCGACUUUCUUGCCCAGUGCUCCCGCUCUGGUGGAUGCGUGCCCAAGGAAGUCGGGAAAGCUGCCGCAGACUUCCGCGCUGCAAGGGCCCAAUACCAGAGGCUGCGGAAGUCGGUGGUGCACCAGUGCCGCUUGGACAUCACGGGGAGCUCCGAUGCGGACGUGCAGAAGCGUAGCGCGUUCCUGGCGAAGUGCAAGCGGGUCACAGUGGAGAAGCAUGCUACUCCCUAUCCGCCGCCUCAGCAUUGGGUGGCAGAGGGUCCCAAGGCGUACUUCAAAUGGAAGACGUGGUGUAGCAGUCAUAAGCUGCACGACAAGCGCGAGGGGCAUUGGCCAGUCCACCGCUUAUGCAAGGACAAGCUCGCCUAUGUUGCAGAGGCCGACGAGAGUGUUCUAUUCUAUGACCCGGAUGGAAACCUUGUCGGCUUCGUGAUACGCGACUUCUGCGCCAACCAGAAGAUUGUCGACACCAUUGCGGAGGAUGUGGCCAUGGGUUGUUCUUAUAAAAAGAACGUCAGGGUGUGUUUUGCAUAUUUUUCAUUAUGA